AUGACCAUGGAAUCAGUAUCAGAACAACAAAUUUUACAAUGGAAAGCUACUAAGACUAUUGGAAUUAUCGGGUUAGGUGAUAUGGGUUUAUUGUACGCCCAAAGAUUCUCUAAUGCGGGUUGGAAAGUAGUUGGAUGUGAUAAAGAAGAUCAAUAUGAAAUAAUUAAACAGAAGUAUGCCAAUUGUAAUUUUGAAGUCGUAUUAAAUGGACACUAUGUUUCUCGUAUCUCAGAUUAUAUUAUUUACAGUGUGGAGGCAGCAAAUAUCGAUAGAAUUGUAUCCAUGUAUGGCCCUUCUAGUAAAGUUGGUGCAAUUGUGGGUGGUCAGACAAGUUGCAAGAGCCCUGAAAUUUCUGCCUUCGAAAAAUAUUUACCACAGGAUAUUGAAAUCAUCACUAUACACUCUUUACAUGGACCAAAAGUUAACCCUGAGGGGCAACCUUUAGUUAUCAUUGAUCAUAGAAGUUACAAACCUACGUCUUUACAAUUUGUAGAAACUGUUAUGUCUUGUUUAAAGAGUAAAUUUGUCUAUUUAACUUUUGAAGAGCAUGAUAGAAUCACUGCAGACACUCAAGCUGUCACUCAUGCUGCAUUCUUAUCUAUGGGUUGUGCUUGGGAGAAAUGCAAAGUUUAUCCAUGGGACGUUGUGGAUAACAAGUGGGUCGGUGGGUUAGAAAAUGUUAAAAUCAAUAUUUCUUUAAGAAUUUAUUCCAAUAAAUGGCAUGUCUAUGCUGGAUUGGCAAUUACAAAUCCACAUGCACAUCAACAGGUUUUACAAUAUGCAACAAGUGCAACAGAAUUAUUUUCCUUGUGUUUGAGCAAUAAAAGAAAAGAAUUCACUGAAAGGAUAAUGAAGGCUAAAGAAUUUGUAUUUGGCAAUCAUACUGGUAAGUUAUUGUUAGAAGAUUUGCAUCUAGAGAAAUAUUCGUUAUCAAAUAAUACUAAUAUAAAUAAUAAUAGAAGUUCUGAAGUACACCUGCCACCACCAAAUUCUCAUUUAUCGUUAUUAGCCAUAGUUGAUUCAUGGUAUCAGUUAGGGAUUGAUCCUUAUGAUCAUAUGAUAUGUUCUACUCCAUUAUUUAGUAUAUUUUUAGGUGUAUCUGAAUUUCUUUUCUUGUCGCCUAAUCUAUUAGAACAAACUAUUGAAGCAGCAUUAACAGAUAAUCUUUUUAGAAAAGAUGAUUUAGAAUUUGUCAUAGCAGCUAGAGAAUGGAGUUCAAUUAUAUCUGCUGAAAAUUUCCCAUUGUAUCAAAAAAAAUUUGAGACUGUUCAAGAGUUUUUUAAAUUAAGAUUCCAAGAAGCCAAUGUUAUAGGAAAUGAAAUGAUCAAAACUAUUUUAAAUCAUUCAAAGAAAAAUUAA